AUGGAAACCAAAGAGAACUUUCCAAACCCACAUCAGCUGAGGAACUUUAAGACGGGUCAGGGAACCUGGACGUGUGCUGUGUUUAACGGCUCCAAACUGAAAGGACUUUUUCCAUUAACUCUCAACAUUAACCAGCACCUCAACACCAGGAGAUCAACUCCAGCUCCUCACUACGACAACAUGGGAACCAACUUCACCUUGAUCAGUGUCAGCACUGUGUUCUCCUUCAUCCUCAUAGUCCUGAUUGGAGCUGCAUGCUGGAGAAAAAGGACUAAAAGCUCCAGUGGAGCAGUUACUCAAAUUGCUCCAGGGGAUGAUGUUUCUUUAAGCUGCCCCUCCAGCCCUGGACAGGAUCGUUGGGAAGGACCUCAAUCCAGCAACACAAUGAGACUCAAUUUAAACAGGACAGAAUAUCUACUUAUAAAAAACUUUCAAGUUCAGAAUAAGAGAGAGUAUGUCUGCCACAGUGACCAUAUAAAAUUUGAACUGAAAGAUGCAUCAUCAAAUGACGAGUCAGUUUUGUUUCGAACCAGUGAGGGAGAUUCACUCCUCCUCUUCUGCAAAAAUCUGCUCUCUACACCCUUAAGGACUGCCUGGUACUGGAGACCCCACCAUUCAGAUAAAACUCUCACCCUUGGACUGAACUCUGCUCACUUUGGGAAACGGCUCCAUUUCAGAAAUAAGGACAACGACUUUUCUUUAACCAUCUCAAGUAUAAACUGGGGCGACUCUGGGAGAUAUGAAUGUCAACGUUCAUCUCAACACAAGACUUUCUUUGAACUUGUGGUGGUGAGAGUUCAUGCCGACCCUCAGCAGCUAACUGAGGGGGGCGACGUCACGUUACAGUGUAAUGUUUCUUAUCACCUGCCGAACACACGACUGUACUGGAUCAACAUGGAAACCCAAGAGAACUUUCCAAACCCACAUCAGCUGAGGAGAGUUACUAUGGGUCAGAGAAACUGGACGUGUGCUGUGUUUAAUGACUCCAAACUAAAAGCACUUUUUCCAUUAACUCUCAACAUUAACCAGCACCUCACCACCACAACGAGAUCAACUCCAGCUCCUCACUAUGACAACAUGGUUCCUGGACUUCCUCAUAAAGACUUCACCUUGGUCAGCGUCUGCACUGUUUUCUCCUUCAUCCUCAUAGUCCUGGUCAGUGCUGUGUGCUGGAGAAAAAGAACUAAAAAUGAUGCUUCCCCUGAAUGUCUGACGAUUUCUAAUCUCCUCUGGGCUGAAGGUGACGACGUACAUACAACCGUUAUUUUUCAAGAAGUUUAGAUUAAUGAUGCCAGUAUUUUACCCUCUAAACUGAACAUUUAAAAUGAAUUAUUAACUCAUGUACACAAUUUACCUCACCUUUGAUAGGGUAACCAGUAUAAAUUUAAGGUUUGUUUAUUUGUUUGUUUGCUUUUUGGAUGGAGUGGGACAAAAGGUGGGUCAGGAGGGGAAUGGAGUGGGACAGGAACUGUGACAUCACUGUCAGAUAAAACGGAGCAGCUCUGUGAAUGAAGACGUGCUGCAUCGUCUGUGUGUGCAGCAGUGCUAGCCUAACAGCUAACAGCACUACCUAUUACUUCUAUCAUCAUUACAGGAUAACUGUCUUGAGGGAAGAUUGUAUGAAAAUACAGUAUUUUAUAAUAGUGAUCUGCACCAAUCUGACAACGGUGACAUUACUGCAUCACAGUAAACUGAUCAACAAGGAGUGUGUGUGUAUAUUAGGGGUGUGUGUGUGUCUGUGUGUGUGUGUGUGUGUGUGUGUGUGUGUGUGUUCUGCAUUCAUAUGAAGUGCAGAUCACACUGUUUAUUAUUAAAAGUGAAAAUCGUGUUUAAAGGCCGAAGGUCCUGAUUGGUGUAUUAAAUGAGAAAAAACAGAAGAGACCAAGAGUAAAUAUAUAAAACAUAUUUUAAUUGAAACAAUAAAACAAGGAUGACUGAACUUCAUCAUAUUUUGUUGUAAUAUUCCGUCUUUCUCUGUUAUGUUAUUUAAAUAUUCUCACUCUAGUUGUUUCCUGUGGAAGCGAGAAUCAGAUAUACAGCUCUGGUUCUCCCAUUCUAAUCUUCAAGGGUCUCUCUACCUCUGCACCUUCGUUUUUAACUACACACCUGCAAACCAACUUAGGUCUCUGAAUUCUGGGCUCUUGAUUUGUCCUUCCUUAAAAUCUAAACAUGCCUGUAAGACUCGGUCUUUCUGCUUUAGUGUCCUUUAGCGCCCCUUAAUGGUGGAACAGCUUCCCAUAUGA